CGCGCUCGCGGCGCGUUCCGAGGCCGAGCGCGCGGACCCUGGCGGCGGGCCGAGCUGCCCAGCGGGGUUCGGGGGGCGUCCUCCGGCCUCGGGGGCGCGCGGGUCGCCGCAGCUCCGGGCGUUCAGCGGCGCGGCUAGCCUGCGUCCGCGUUGCCGGCGGAGACGGAAGACCGUCUCGGGGGUCUCGAGUCUUGAAGCCCGCUCCCGAGGGCUCCGUCCGAUGGGGCGCUCCCCGCGGGAGACGCGGCGGCGAGCCCUUAACGAGGAGCCGCCUCUGCGCGGGGCAGACCCAGAAGGACGCGGUCCUUGGGGUUUUGGCGGGAUGCUGAGGACAGCCCCACGGAGGGGUCGCCCUGCUGGCGGCCAGGUCUGAGCCUCUGCUGCCGUCGAGGCAGCGCCUUCCAGCGUCCCCAGUGUCCAGUUAACGACUUUAAAAAAUCCGGGCGAGCCGGGACAGCGCACGUGCGAUCUCGGCCACCGCAACCCUCGUCCGCGGAGCCGAGAACGCCGCUGCCGCUCUGCGAGGUUUGACCCUCGCUGCGCUCCGUUUUCGGCCGCGCGUGGUCGCGUUCCCGCGCUUUCGGCCUGAAGGGUCAGAGGGCGCGGCGCAGGCGCACGGAGCCGAGGCGGCGGCGGCGGCCAUGGGCGAGGCAGGCGGCGCUGAGGAGGCCUGUCGGCGCGCGGGGGCCCGAGAGGAGUUCGUUAAAGUCCGCAAGAAGGACCUGGAGCGGCUGACGACGGAAGUGAUGCAGAUCCGGGACUUCCUGCCCCGCAUUCUGAGCGGGGACGUGCUGGAGAGCUUCCGGAGGCUGAAGAUCGCCGAGAAGAGACAGAGGUUCCCUGGAACACGCAGACUCCGUUUCUCCAGAGCUUCGGGGAUGCCCUGCUGUUCUUGGCAGUCCCCCGCCUUCUCCAGCCCUGGGCCACGAAGCCGCACCCCUCCUCUUGUCCGCACCUCCCCCGAGCGAGUGCCGCCAGCCGUCUCCCCCUCAGGCCUGGAAAGGAAAGAGCAAGAGGUAGAGCAACUGAGGACAGACUGUGCGCACUUCAGAGCCUGCCUGGAGGCCGUGCAGGCUGACAGCAUGAGAGAGAAGAAGGAGAAGCUCGCUCUUCGGCAGCAGCUGAAUGAAGCGAGGCAGCAGCUCCUGCAGCAGGCAGAGUACUGCACAGAGAUGGGGGCGGCGGCCUGCACCCUGCUGUGGGGCGUCUCCAGCAGUGAGGACGUGGUCAAGGGCAUCCUGGGAGGAGAGAAAGCUUUGAAGUUUUUCAGCAUCACUGGUCAGACCAUGGAGAGUUUUGUGAAGUCACUGGAUGGGGAUGUCAAGGAGCCGGAUUCUGAUGAGAAUCAGUUUGUGUUUGCUCUGGCUGGGAUCGUGACAAAUGUGGCCGCCAUUGCGUGUGGCCGAGAAUUCUUGGUUAACUCAAGCCGGGCUCUGUUGGACACCGUGCUGCAGCUUCUGGGGGACCUGAGGCCAGGACAGUGCACCAAACUCAAAGUGUACGGUGGACGGUUACUGCUGAUGUCCCUGUACAACGUGAGCAUCAACCUGAAAGGCUUGAAGUACAUCAGUGAGAGCCCAGGAUUCAUCCCGCUGCUCUGGUGGCUUUUGAGUGGGCAGAGGCCUACGGGCUCUGGAAACACAGUACGGAGGACAGGGUGUCUUCGAAUUUAUGGACCCGGACACAGAGGUGUGUCUCCACGCGCUGCGACUCGUCCAGUCUGUGGUCCUGGAGCCGGAAGUCUUCUCCAAGUCAGCCUCCGAGUUCCGGAGCUCCCUGCCCCUGCAGCGCAUCGUGGCCAUGGCCAAGAGCCGCAACCCGCACCUGCAGACCGUGGCCCAGGAGCUCCUGGAGGACCUCCGCACCCUGGAGCGUGACGCAUAGGAGCGCUCGGUGUGUCCCUUCCCCUCCCCCAGGCCCCCACUUUGUGUUCCGAAACCGUCACCGUGCGCCAAGUGUUAUAGACGGUAGAAUAUGAGUGACUCGAGAGGGAUGUGAAUGCGUAUGUAUCCACACCACUUCCUCCUACAAGCGAGAGUGCCUGUGGGUGGCUGCUUGACCCGGCCAGGGGGCAGCUGUGGAAGAUCCAUCCUUCCGGCCGGCGAGGCCCACGCCCAGGACCUGGAGGAGGGCUGUCUUUGAGCGGCUCCCGCUGCUCAGGGGACUUCCCAAGACCUCUGGGUUCCCCUGCACGAAGGGGAUGAAAUAGUCACGUGCCCCGCUGGUCAGCAUUUUCCUGAGAUACAUGUUUUGAAAAACAAUUCAUUCUCUCUCUAGUAGUGAUAAUUGAUUCCCUAAAAUGCAAGUUCACCUUUAAGCCUUUCGGUGAACUUGCUAGUUCAGGUGACAUUGGACGUUUCAGUUCUGUUUUUUGUGCCUGUUUUACUUUUGAAUAAAGAAAGCCAGAAGAGUCA